CGCAGAGUUUAGCGGGAUUUCCAAAAUAAUAAAAAAGAAGCUUGACCAAAAUUUUUCCAUGGCUUGUGUACUAUAGACUUAUAUUUCAAGCUGGAAGUCAUGUCCAACAAGCAGAAAAAUAAAAGUAUAAAAGGUCUUGAUCCAACACAAAGAAUUGGGGGUCAGUUAAAGCAAAAUAAGACUGUAAAAGCAUCUGGAGAAAUGGAAGCUGUCCGUGUAACUAGAUCGUCACCUAAGAGUGCCUCAAACACUCCGUCAAGCUUGUAUGAAUUUAUUGGGGAAUCGCCUCUUGGUGACAGUAAUAAAAACUCUGGUAAAAAACAAAGUCAGUCCAAAGCAGAUGGGAAGGUUACAAAGAAAAAGGUGGAAAAGGCAAAGACAGCAAAGAUAAAACCUGCAUCUGAGGACAAAAAUAAGAAAAAGGCAGGAAAUACGAAAACAUCAGUAGCCCCCUCAAAGACGACUGUUACAAAAUGUACACCAAAAGGACGAGUGUCAAAGGCAGUCAUACCACUAGAAAAUAUACAUGAUGAGAAUGAAACAAAGAAAGGCAAUAAAAGACUCAGGGCAUUAAAACCAAUACCACCACCAAAUUUAGAUGGUAUCUCACCAAUAGCUUGUGAAAGAAAGUCGACUCCAUCUCGAAAAAGAGCCAGUCAUUCUAAGAAGGGAAUCAAUGAAACUUCUAAAAGCAAGAAACUAAGGUCAUCUAAAGGUGGUGAAAUUCAGUUAACUGCGAGUGUUUCCUACAUGGAAUCUGAGGAGGGAAAUUCAGCUGAUGAUAGUGCAAUUUUUGUAUCACCGAGACAAACCAUGCCGAGAUUUAAUGCUGCUAAAACAUCAACACCAGCAAACGUUUCAGAUAAAAGCAAGAAAAUGUCUGUGAAAAAUAUGUCUAGACUUGCUUCUAAAGAUACGUCAACACCAAAUGAGUCUAAACCAAAAAGGGGUUUCACAGGCAUAAAAGGUAACAUUUCCAAGCUAUCACCAGUUCAGCGCCUGGAUACCCCAACAUCAGACUACGGAUCUAUGGAGGAAAUCCAAACGCCCAGCCCAACACCUCCUGUUAAAGCAAGCAGAAAGAAAAGAGGAAAUUCUCCAGCAUUUACUCUAGAAGAUGAGGAUUCAGGAGAAAAUUUUAACCUGAAUAAGUCAGUUGAAAGAUCGUACAGAAAGUCCAAGAGGAAGUAUGAAACUGGAAGAUUCUCUACAUCAAAGCUUGAUGAAUGGGCAGAUAAAGUGAACUCUGAACUUGAAGACAUUGAGAACUUUGAACUUAGUGUCGAAGGAUAAAAUUGAAAAUUGAGGAGAGAUAAUUAAUCUCGGAACAGACCUGUGAAUGAUUUAUUAGUAUGUUUAUAAGUAGAAUACUGUGAAUCAAGGAUUUUGAAAAUCUAGUAAAUGAUUCAUGCCACUUUAGUGAAAGUGAAGGGUUAAGUUAACCCAUUUAAAGAUCUUAUCCUGAGAUUUACAUGUAUAUGUGUAUAGAGAAAAAAUGAUAGAACAAUGGUGUUGGAAAUCAUGAAGGAUUUUGAAAACAUGAAAUUGCAAAGAAAUUUGUAUCAAAAUUUCUUUGUUAUAUCAGAAUAUAGAGUGAGUUUGACACUGUUGCUAAGAUUUAUCCAUAAGUAUGGGAAUGUAUAUUUUGUGUUGUGUGUAUGUUAAAGUGGGAAUAUGUAAUAUGUUGUAUUUGUAAAUAUUGCAGUCAUUUAACAAAUAGUUUUACAUAGAUUUUUGCAGAGUUCACAGAAAGUGAACAAGUCUGUAUUUAUUUGAAUAGUCUAGCUGGUUUGUUGUUGUAAAACUGUAUGUUUUAUGGAUGGGUAUGUAAAAUAAGCUGUGUAUAUAGCAAACAUAUACCUGCUUUUUUGUCAGAUAAGAUAUUUUAUGUUCAGACCAGACACUGGUAAAACUGUAAAUUUGUAACUUCUAUUGUUUAAAUUUGAAGGUAAUUUCCAGUAUUUAAAAAUGAAAGACUUUGAAGUCAUAACAUUUUUUAUGCAAAACAAGUUUUAGUUACAUUUUAGAUAAAAAGUAUUAUUUUAUUAUCCAUCUUCAUUUAUUCACGAAUGGUGUUAUUUUAUUAUGUCACAACUUCUUAUCUUAUCCUUUCCUUUCUUCUUAACUUUACUCUACAAUUGUUUCUAUACUGAACACUCUAGAUUUAUGAAAUGCAGGCUAUUGAUUUAGUUGAUACUUCUCUAACCUGUCUGAUGUAAGACCUGGCAAGUCUUUGUUUAGGUAAUCCAUCCCUAUCAAGCUCACUCUGUCUGCUAAUAAUUUUUAGUUCUGUAGUGAUUUGAAAAUCUUGACAGUGUUUGAUAGUUAAAAAUUAACUCGUAAUAAACUUGAUAUAUGAUCACUCAUUAAUCUGAUAUGUAUCUUUACUCUUUUUGCUAAAACUAGCUAAUCUAGUUUCUUACUGCUGUAAAAUUACAUUUUUGAAAAAUACCAAACAGCCUACCUACUAAUUUUGGGUAUGUUUCCCUAAACAAAGAUUUUUAAGGCCCAUUAGUUGAGAUAUGUCCCUUAAAAAUAGUGUAAGAAUUAGUUGAUUCAGUUCUUAUAUGUAUAUGUUAUACUGCCUAAAGUCUGGUUGUGCUUUUAAAAUUGUUUAAUUGAUAAAACAUUAUUUUCUACGGGACAGCAGGUUUCUACUUAAAUCAGUUGAAAGUUUAACAUAGUGUUUGUUGACCUUGAAAAACACCCAUAAAAACUAGCUUAAAAUGGUAAUGAAAAAUCUCGUACAUGUUAAUUACAUUUUUUAAGACACUUGUGAAAAUUGAAAUUCGUGCAAAGAGCAUCUGACUUAGGAUUUUUUGGAAGAAUGCUCUUUUUUCUUGUGCCUUAUAAGCGUUCACAUAUCUUUCUGAAUCGCAACAUCUUGCAUGUGCAGUAGGACAGAUUCCCGAUUGAGGCAGUGCCUAAUUUCAUAUUAAUUGAUUUUGCUUCUAACUGAACUGACGGAGUUUGAUUUCCCUGUUACUGAGAAUGAAGCAGCAUAGUACAUGUAUAUAUGAGAAAAGCAAUUGAAAUUCAUUUAUUUACAGUUUUUUUAGACAACAUAUUUUGGGUUAUAGAUAACUGAUUGAAUAAAUUAUAUGUAUCAGUAUAGCUAGUUUAUUAUUUGAUGAAUUUAUUCUAUUAAAGCAAGGUAAAAAGUG